CUCCCUGUGUGUCAGUAUGUUUGAUGUGGGCGGUCAGAGAGAUGAAAGGAGGAAAUGGAUUCAGUGCUUUAACGAUGUGACCGCCAUCAUCUUUGUGGCAGCCAGUAGCAGUUAUAACAUGGUCAUAAGGGAGGACAACAGCACUAACCGGCUGCGCGAGUCUCUUGAUCUGUUCCGCAGCAUCUGGACUAACAGGUUUUUAAGGACCAUCUCAGUGAUCUUAUUCCUGAACAAACAGGACAUGCUGGCAGAAAAGAUACUGGCAGGAAAAUCCAAACUUGAAGAUUAUUUCCCAGAGUAUGCUCGCUACACUCUUCCUCCUGAAGGCAUGGAGUGGAGCAGCUUUCUCAGAGAAAUGUGGAAUGUAGCAGUGAUACCAGCCAGCAAGCCCAAGGAAUCGUUGCACAUUUUUAAGUGACUGGGGAGUUGAAAAGGAGGUGACUACAUCCACUUUUGCUGGAUCUGAUUUUAUUCCACUGCUUGACACAAUGUGUCCUAAGAAGGUGAGAGUUUGUUGCAUGAAGUUACACUUAUUCAAAUUAGGAGUUAAACCCGCUUUAUGGAGACAAUGGAAAACUUGCUGUUGUUCCUCAUUUUUGGAAAACACAACAA